UUAUGCUUGCCGUAAAACGUUUCACGGCAAGCAUGAGUAUGUCGGAAGCUUGUUGUUAGCCAGAUUAAAAAUUGAUGAAGUAUACGUUCUCAUUUAUUUCCUUAUCUUGAACAAAACAUUUUUACGUUUAGGUUUUUAACCUUGAGAAAUGGAUGUUGGGGAGCUCCUGAGCUAUCAGCCUGAUAGAGGAGCAAAACGUCCCAGAGAGGAGGAUGGAGGUGCUGCGGGAGGAGAGGAGGACUCCAGAGGAGGGAAGCAGCAGAAAGGGCUGGGUGCCAGGGAGUUGGCCAGAUACCGGGAAGCAUCAGGAGGAGUAGGACUUGAAGGAGGGGGGGAAAUGAGGGAGACUGAGGAGCUGACAGGGGACAAGAAGAAGAUCUUGGAGAAAUUGAUGGACCAGGAUGAAGAUGAACCUGAGGCAGAGCCGGUGGAUGAGAGUUCAGUGAAGAAAAUGAUCCUGACCUUUGAGAAAAGGUCCUACAAAAAUCAGGAACUGAGGAUUAAGUUUCCGGACAACCCAGAGAAGUUCAUGGAGUCUGAGCUGGAUCUGAACGACAUUAUCCAGGAAAUGCAUGUGAUUGCCACAAUGCCAGACCUCUACCACCUGCUGGUGGAGCUUAAUGCCGUCCACUCACUGCUGGGCCUCCUCAGUCAUGAAAACACUGAUGUCGCCAUAGCAGUGGUGGACUUGCUGCAGGAGCUGACAGAUAUCGACACACUCCACGAGAGCGAGGAGGGUGCUGAGGUACUCAUAGAUGCUCUGUUGGAGGGUCAGGUGGUGGCCUUGCUGGUGCAGAAUAUGGAGCGGCUGGAUGAACAGGUGAAGGAGGAGGCUGAUGGCAUCUAUAACACAUUAGCUAUCGUAGAAAAUAUGGCAGAGUUCAGACCAGGCCUGUGCACUGAGGCAGCUCAGCAGGGACUCAUGCAGUGGCUGCUCAAGAGAAUCAAGGCAAAGAUGCCAUUUGAUGCUAACAAGCUGUACUGCUCUGAAAUCCUGGCUAUCUUGCUGCAAAACAAUGACAAUACCAGAGAACUAUUGGGAGAGAUGGAUGGCAUUGAUGUGUUACUGCAGCAAUUAUCUGUGUUCAAACGUCACAACCCGUCCACAGCCGAGGAGCAGGAGAUGAUGGAGAACCUGUUUGAUGCUCUGUGUUCCUGCCUCAUGCUGCCAGCCAAUCGGGACCGCUUUCUCAGAGGGGAAGGGCUUCAGCUAAUGAAUCUCAUGCUUAGAGAAAAGAAAAUGUCUCGAACCAGUGCUCUGAAGGUCUUGGACCAUGGGAUGAUUGGACCAGAGGGAGCAGAUAACUGCCAUAAGUUUGUGGACAUCCUGGGCUUGAGAACCAUCUAUCCACUUUUCAUGAAAACCCCCAAGAAGAUGAAGAAAAGUGGUGCUACAGAGAAGGAGCAUGAAGAACACGUCUGCUCCAUCAUUGCCUCCAUGCUGAGAAAUCUCAAGUCCCAACAGAGAAGCAGACUCCUCAACAAGUUCACAGAGAAUGACUGUGAGAAGGUUGAUCGACUGAUGGAGUUGCAUUUUAAGUACCUGGAGGCUGUUCAACAGGCUGACAAGAGGAUCGAAGGAGAGAAACAUGAGAUGGUUCGUCGGGGCGAGAUCCUAGAUGACAGCAUGGAGGAUGAGUUCUACCUUCGCCGUCUGGACGCCGGACUUUUCGUCCUUCAGUUGAUCUGCUACAUUAUGGUGGAGAUCAGCAACUCAGGCAUAUCACAGCUUCAGCAGAGGGUCCAUCAAAUUCUCAACCUAAGAGGAGGCUCUGUUAAAGUAGUGCGCCACAUCAUGAGAGAGUACGCUGAAAGCAUCGGCGAUGGGAAGAGUGACGAGUUCAAAGAUGCUGAGCGGAAGAGGAUCAUGGACCUUGUAGACAACUUCUAAUCUCACUUUCUCUCUCUCGCUCUCACACACACACUUCCCCUGAAACGCAAACAAUAUGUUCUUACACAUGAGAACAUUGAAACCCCACUGUUCUGAUUGAGGACUGAUGGUGACCAUGACCUUGAGCCAGUCUAAGAACUAAAAGGCUGUGGUCUGUUUUUCCGUAACAUACUAUAACUAAAGUCACUGGGCAUUUUUACAUGCACAGCAAUACUGCGAUUACCAGUCUGCUAAAAGCAAUCCUUUAUUUACUUAUUUUUAUGGUUCAAAGAAAGGUACUUUUUGAAUUCAAUGAUUGCUGUGCAUGUAACCCUGCUCACUAUAGAAACAAGGGGUUGAGUUUGGAGAGCAGAAGAUUGUAGCUUGACUAAAACACAGCGAACAUGAGAUUUACUCAGACUGCUGUUUAUUUUCUGUACUGUGGCGUUGAACACUGCAGGAUAAUUAUGGACAGAGUUUGCAGAGAUCUGCAGACUUAAUAUCUCUUCCUCGGCUCUCCCACUUUACCUAGUUUGUUUGUUUUGUAUUUACGUGUAAACUAUUUUCUAAUAAAACAUUUGGUAAUAAAA